GCACAAGUUAUAUUCUUAUGAUUUGGGUGACGCACGCGCCGGCGUUACAUCAAUGCAACUCUUCGUCCCACAAAAUAUUGGAGCUUAAACCCCAGCAGAAAGAAUUAAACAGUCUCCUGAUAAAUACCUCCGAUGUUAGCUGCUGCCUGCUCGGAGAAAGAAUUAACAAUUGAGUUGGAGCAAGCAAGAAGAAUAGGAGAUGGAGGGAAGUUCCGGUUAUAAGGACUAUGUAGCAGGCCUCAUGGCCGGAGUUGCCACUGUUAUCACCGGCCACCCUUUUGAUACUGUGAAGGUGAAGCUUCAGAGGUACAACACUGAAGCAGGCGGAGUGAAGUACAAGAAUGGUUUGCAUUGUGCUACUAGGAUAUUACAGACGGAAGGAGUUAAAGGGCUUUAUCGAGGCGCUACAUCUUCCUUCAUUGGCAUGGCCUUUGAAAGCUCACUUUCUUUUGGCAUUUAUUCUCAAACAAAACGGUUUCUUCAGGGAGAAAUAGAUGGUGGUAAGCCCCAGCCUCAUGCAAUAGUUCCUUCAGCAGCCUUUGGUGGAGCUAUUAUCAGCUUCAUACUAUGCCCGUCAGAACUGGUGAAGGUAAGUGAUGCUAGAGUUCCUAACUUCCUGCUUUACUUGGAAUACCAUCUUUGUAAUGUUGUUUUCCAGUGUAGGAUGCAAGUUCAGGGCACUGAUUUUAUGGUAGCGAAGUCCACUAGAUUUAGCGGGCCCCGUGAGUGUGCCCUUAAAACAGUUCAACAAGAAGGGCUUACCGGCAUGUUUCGAGGAGGCCUCGCAACCUUACUGAGAGAAUCUGUGGGCAAUGCUGUCUUCUUUAGUACCUAUGAAUAUGCACGAUAUUUCAUGCAUCUACAAUUGAAAGGUGCUUCAUCUGAGUCGACCCAAUUGAUUGAUGUUGGAGUUGGAUUAAUGAGUGGUGGUCUUGGUGGUAUAGCAUUCUGGUCUGCUGUUCUGCCAUUGGAUGUAGCAAAGACGAUAAUUCAAACUACCCCUGAGAAAAACCAUUCGAGAAAUCCCUUCUCGGUUCUAAAUUUGAUUUACAGGAGAUCUGGACUUAGAGGAUGCUAUACAGGAUUAGGUCCUACACUGGUAAGAGCUUUUCCUGCUAAUGCAGCGGCUAUUGUCGCAUGGGAACUGUCUGCCAAGUUGUUGGGGAUCAGGCGUGACCAAUGAUUUUUUUUUGAUGCUGCUUAUUUCUUCUGCUUGCUGCUGGUUUAAAGCUUUAGUGGCUCUUGACAAGGUUACCACAUGAUUUUUUUGUCAUGACAUUGCUGUACUACUACUAGUCUGUCAUCUGAUUUCUUUUAGUGAUAUUAAUUUAUUUUAUCAGUCUUUUAGUGACAUUCAUUUAUCAUCUGCAGUUCUGAGAUUUAUGGUUC